AUGUCUGUUGCGCCGUCCUUCUACAAUGCCGUUUCCAAGCGGCCUUGGCUUGCGAACAUGCUCAAGCCGCUUGCCGGCUGGUACGCCAACGCCGCUGGCUACCGUCAACUGGGCCUCAAGGCCGACGACCUCCUCGUGGAAGAAGACGAGGCCGUGCUCAAGGCGCUCGGCCGGCUGUCGCCCAAGGAGAGCUACGACCGGGUGUACCGGAUCCGGCGGGCGACGCAGCUCAGCCUGCAGCAGAAGAUCCUGCCCAAGAACGAGUGGACCAAGGCCGAGGACGACGUCCCCUACCUGUCGCCCAUCCUCGCGCAGAUCUACGCCGAGUCCAACGAGAAGCACGCCCUCGACACCCUGACCGUGCUCAAGAAGCACUAG